CAAAGAACAAAUUCCGGAAGUAAGCCCUCCCCCACACAACGCGUUCUGUUUAUCGUCUCAUUAAACAUUUUAAACUAUUGUGGUUUGUUUGAUUUCAACCUUCGAAACAUAUAACAUGUAAUUUUAUGAAAAAAUUCCCAUAGCACACAAAAAAACGGAAUAUUUUAUCAUGGACAAGGAAGAUGUCGAAACGCCGGAGGAGAGGCUAUUGAAGCGGCAACGCAGGGAGAAGAAGGACCUGCAAGCCAAAAUCCAGAGCAUGAAAAACGGUAUUUCCAAAAAUGAUAAGAAGAGGCGGAAGCAGAUGACGGAGGAGAUCGGCACGAUGGAGGCAGAGUUGGAUCAGAAGCACAACGAGGAGCUGCGGCAACUCAUGUCUACAUCUAGCGCUGAGGUCCAAGAGGCAGUGAAUGGAGUGGAGGCGCUGACGGUUGAGGUGCAGCCUCGCAUCAGCAAAGCCCAGAAGAGAAGGGACAAAAAGGCUGCCCAGGAGCGCGAGCGUGAGAGCAGGAUUGCAGAGGCCGAGGUGCAAAACCUGCAGGGUGAGCGCCACAUGGAGGGUGUCAAGUUGGCGGAGAAGCUGGCCGCGCGAGGUCUUCAGAUCAAGGAGAUCUCCUCUGAUGGCCACUGCAUGUAUCGCGCCAUACAAGACCAGCUGGUGCGGCGACAUGAGUUGAGCGUGAAGGAUCUGCGGUGUCAGACGGCGGCACACAUGCGGAGCCACGCCGACGACUUUCUCCCUUUUCUCAGCAACCCUGACACGGGCGACAUGUACACAGCAGAGGACUUUGAGAAAUACUGUCAUGAUGUGGAGCACACAGUGGCGUGGGGCGGACAACUGGAACUCCAAGCACUGAGCAAAGUCCUGCAAUGUCCCAUCGAAGUCAUCCAGGCUGAUUCGUCGCCCAUCACCAUCGGCGAGGAGCACACCGGUGACGGCAUCACCUUGAUCUACAUGCGUCACGCAUACGAGCUGGGAGAGCACUACAAUUCUGUGGAGCGGCUCAAGGAGCCGGCUGACCACAGCUGAGAGAGAACUCGGUCGCCCUCUGCUGCACAGCAGCUGAUGGCACACUUCACCUGCUUAUCACGCUUGCUGCAAAGGCAAGGCAGUUGUUGAGGGAAAAUCCAUUUGGGCGUCCUUAUCGGCCACUGCCGCGACCUUUUCUUUCAUUUGUUGGAGUGUCUGUCAGGCGGCGAUAAGACGCUCCGAAUGAGCUUUGAGCGGAGGAAUGUGGCGCAGUUCUUUUGUUUUUUUUCCAGCCCGGAGAAAAGCAGGAGGCAUUUGAAGAUGUUGCGUCACAAAGACAAGAUGCUUCAUUUGUUGCUUUCGAGUAGGAAUAAAUGAAGCUGGAAUAAGAA